AAGUAGGGUUGAGAAAUGGCACCGGUUCUUGUGUUUUUCAGCUGGAGCGCAGGGGUGAUUUUGUACACCCUUCUUGCAGGUUCUCCUCCUUUCUGGCACAGGAAGCAGAUGCUAAUGCUGCACAUGAUCCUGGUGGGAAGCUACCAGUUCACCUCUCCGGAGUGGGACGACCGUUCAGACACUGUCAAAGACCUGAUCUCCAGGUUGUUGGUGGUGAAUCCUGAGGCACGUUACACUGCCAAAGAUGCCUUAAACCACCCUUUCUUCCAGCAGUAUGUGGUCGCAGAGGUGCGACAUUUCAGCCCCUACAGGAAGUUCAAGGUGAUCUGCUUGACAGUUUUGGCAGCAAUGCACAUUUACUGCAAUUAUCGCCGUGCCAAGCCAGUUACCAAAGAAGUGAUCAAGAGCGACCCCUAUGCAGUAAAGCCUAUCCGCAAGCUCAUCGAUGCCUGUGCGUUCAAGAUUUAUGGACACUGGGUAAAGAAGGGCCAGACACAGAACAGAGCUGCCCUGUUUGAGAACAGUCCAAAAGCUAUCUUGCUUUCUCUAGCAGCAGAAACAGAAGAUUCAUCUCUCCGAAUGAUGUAAUGUAAUAUAUGUAAAGCACACUACUGAAAACUAUAGAGGAUAGUAUGUUCAAGAAAUGGUUAAUACCUCAUGCUGCGUGACAUCGAUAGGAGAGCAAAUCUACACUUUCAUUUCAGUUGCAUAAAUUGUUCCAACUUUUAAAUGCUCUUACUGAAACUGCACUGAACCUGGACACCUGAAGUUCUCAUGAUAAUUCAGGUCGUGUUUAUUUAUUCUAAUAUAUGAUAAAUUAUUUGAAAUAUUAAAACAAAACAAAAAUAUCAAA